AUGACAGACGGUACUGAAAACGCAGUAUCUGAUCAUUCAGAUAAUGCUGAAUUGAAAAAUGAAUCAACUCCUGAUUUAUCUGGAAUUCUUUCUUCUUCAAGUGAAAUCAAUCCAGAAACAAACCAAAAUAAUGAUCCAGGAGAAGCAGAAAGUUCUUUAGUUAAGGGAAUUACAGUUGAUAAUAAUACUAAUCAAGAAAAUAAUCCGCAAGAAAAUAAUCAAAAACCGACAUUAAGUUUAUCUAAUGCUAUAUUAGAGAAGCUUAAUGAAGAAAAACCUCCAGAAAACAAUGAAAAUCCCCAAGCAAAUGAAAUCACUCCGCAGAAAAUUUUUGAAAAUAGUGAUUCUGAUUCAAAUCCUCCAAAAAUACCAGAUUUGAUGAAUGACAAUCAAUCUACAAGUACAAUGCAAUAUAGUAACAGUAGCGAAACCGUAGAAAAAUCAGAAAUUCAAAAUAACGUAUUAACGGAAGAAGAAAAAACAGCUACAAACACAGAAAACACUCAAAAUACGGCUGAAAACAAUGACACAAAUAAAGAACUCGGCCCAUUAUCUUCAAUUAUCCAUGAUAAAAUUGAUGAUUCUCCAUUAUUUCAUACAGAAGCGAACACUCAACCUAAUACACCACAUGAAGAGAAUAAAACAGAUGAUAGUACUCCAAAACCAGAAAAUCAAGAAAAUUUACAAGAUAAUUCAAUUAAAUCAGAAGAAGAACAAAAAACAGAUCAACAAAAUGACCCGAAGCCUGUUUCCAAACUUGAUCUUAAGUCAUCUUUGAAUCUUGAUUUUGCAAAAUUAUCAAAUCAACAAAGAUCUCAAACGACGUUAGCUUCAGAUCGUAAAGGAAAGACAUCAAGACCAUUUGUAACCAGGAAAGAAGAAAAACCUCAAAUUGCUCUUUCUUCGCCAAAAAAGAAAAGAUCUCUUGCCGAACAACUUGAAGCAUCAGAAAGAUUAGCACAAUGCAAGAAAUACCCAGAGCCUCAACAUAAUAGAAUCAUGGAACAUGCACAAACAAGUCGAAAACCAAGACCAAAAACGAUGCUUUACAAUGACCACAAAAGAACUAACCAUGAAACAGAAUUAAAAGCUCCACCUGAGUUUAUAGAAAUGAUUACAGGAACACCAUUAAAGAAAGAAGAUCCUCCUAACUUGUUAUCAAUUAAGAACAAAGAAAAAGAAAGCAAAGUUUCAUCAGAAGAAGUCAUUAAAAUGACAGAUAGAAUAUUAAGUGGACAAAAACUUAAUCUUUAUGAUCCUGCAACGAUUGCUGAUAUAAUUAAUGAACUUUCAAACAGAAGAAUACAAGCAUUAAGAGACCAGGAUUAUGAGAAAUCGAAAAAGAUGGAACAAGUAGUUAGUAGUCUAAGAAUAGAUUACAGAAAGAGAGACAGAGAUUUGUUUUAUCAAGACUAUGUUGAUGAUAUCAAACAAAGAUAUGAUGAAGCAAAAGAAAACCUAAAAAAUACAGAUCAAGAUUGGAAAAAUAAACUAAAACAAUAUGAUGAAAUGUGUUUAGAAGAACUAAAAGCAUUGCAAGAAAAACAAGCAGGACAAAACGCAGAUCUCGAAGAAUAUUGGAAAUCUGAUGAAGCUUAUAGAAAAUUUAAUAAAAAGAGUCCUCAUUUGUUGUUAGCGCUCCAAAAUCAAAAGAAUUAUGCUUUGACAGGAGAUUUAACUGGUGCUGCUUUUCUUCAACGAAUUACAAGGAAAUUAGAAGCACAAGAAGUUGAAGAAAGAGCUACAGAAAUGCAAUUAUCAUAUGAUAGAGAUAAAGCUUCUCUUAUUAACUCUCAGAAGAAUGAGAUAACAAAUCUGAAACAAUUCCAUGAAGUACAAAGACAUAGACUAGUUAAACAAUAUAAUAAUGAAAUGGAAAUUUGUAGAAGUCGUAUUAAAACUUUAGAAAAAAUGGUUGAAGAAAGUUCGGAUUUUGACAAAUUUUGUGCUAAAAAAUUUAAGAAGGGUGCUGAUUUUGUUGUUCCAAUGAGCGCAACAAUAAAUGGCGGAACUGAUAUCCCUACAUGUGGUAAAAUGAGAGCAAUGCCAAGAAACAAAAAUAUUUUGAAAUCAUUUAGGGAGUCGGUUGUGUCAUCCCCAUUGCAAUUGCCUGGUGUUAAGAUGAGUAAGCAGACCCUAAGAGUUAUCGACAAAAAGCCGAAAAAGAAACAGCCAGAAUUUUAA